ACAAUGUCAACACCCAAGAAAAUCAAGUUGUCACCCAAAAUGGUUCAAAUUUGCACUCAUUCCGGCUCAUUCCACGCUGAUGAAUCACUCGCUGUUUAUUUACUCAGAUUGUUGCCACAAUUCUCUGAUUCUACCUUAGUUAGAUCUCGUAAUCCGAGCGAUUGGGAAGCUAGUGAUAUCGUCGUUGAUGUCAGUGGUAAAUACGAUGGUGUCAAGUAUUUCGACCAUCACCAACGUGAAUUCAAUGAAGUUUUCAAUGGAAAUUACAAAACUAAGUUGUCAUCAGCAGGUUUGAUCUAUAAGCAUUAUGGUAGGGAUAUCAUUAAACACGUGUUGAAGUUGUCUGAAGACAAGGAUGUUGAAUUCUUAUACGAUAAAGUUUACAAGGAAUUUAUAGAAUCACUUGAUGCUAAUGAUAAUGGUAUCAACAACUAUCCUAAGGAUGCCACUCCAAAGUUCCAUGACAAGAACAUUACUUUACCUUCAAUGGUCUCCCGUUUGAACCCAUCUUGGAAUGAAAGUUGUACUGAUGCUGAUUUCGACCGUCAAUUCUUAAAGAGUACUGAAUUAAUGGGUUCUGCAUUUUUGGCCUUAUUAGAAGGAUACGGAAAGUCCUGGUUACCUGCCAAAUCUAUUGUUCAAGACGCCUUCGACCAAAGGUUUGAAGUUGAUAAAUCUGGUGAAAUCCUUGUUUUAUCUCAAUUCUGUCCAUGGAAAGAACAUUUGUAUGCUAUUGAGCAAGAAAACAAUGCCGAAGGUGAGAUCAAAUUCGUGUUAUUCAAAGAUUCUACCGAUAAAUGGAGAGUUUCCACCGUUUCUGUCACUUCGAGUUCUUUUGAGUUCAGAUUAGGUCUUCCAGAAGAAUUAAGAGGAUUAAGAGAUGAAGAAUUAAGUGAAAAGAGUGGAGUUGAAGGGUGUAUCUUUAUUCAUGCUGCUGGUUUCAUUGGAGGGGCAAAUUCCGAAGAAUCCGUUUUGAAAUUAGCUAGAUUAUCUUUACAAAAGAAAUAAGCUCUGGGUGGAUUAUUUUAAUAGGUUAUUCCAUAUUAAUGACAAUUUGUAAUAUAGAGGUAAACAAAGGACAUUAAGUUAUAAAGCGUUUUUUUUUCUACCAUGUAUGAUUACCACCAUGAGACAGUUGCUGAACUUUUAUUUUCUGGAUUGUCUAAUUUUUGCAAAAGGUUAAGAGCUCAUACAGUUCAAAGCGCAAUAUGCUUUUGUGACAGUUUUUUUUAGAUAGUAAGGGAUCAAGCCGUUACUAGUUCAAUUCCGUUGUAUAUUGUUUCAUGUACUUUUUAUAUCGUAAGAUAUUGUUGCAUGUCACUCUAGACCUUGGUAGACACACUUUGGUAGCGGCCAACUAGCACAUGUAGGCCCUAGAUAACUGUUGUUUCUGUCUUGUCUUGACACUGUAAUGCUUACCGUUUCUUCCGAGGAACUUGAAUCGGUACCUUGCUAUUGUUUUAUUUGCAGUUAAGUGCGGAAGAACCAGGAAUGAAAAAGCCACAUUCCGAAAUUGCGCUUUGCCCUAACCUGAUGGUAUCAACCUUCCCAGCCAAGAAUACUUUGAAUGCAUAACGUCUUAAAAAGGAUUAUUCUGAUACCAGCACCCAAUAGCAAGCAUAAGGAAUUUUUAAUUCGUGGCUAUUCCAUACUAAAUAAAACUACAUCAAACCAGGCACGGUAAAUCAGUAACACAAAAGGAAAUAGCCAGGUUAGCAGUAUUCUACAAUGAAUUGGGGCGCUUUUGUAUGGGGUUACAAUGUUACUUGUAAUAUUCUGAGGCUUAAGUCCAUUAAAUAUCGCUCAAGGGGUAAAUCACUAAAAUUUGUAUUAUC